UUUUUUUUGUUUUCUAUUUUGUUUCCACAUUGUAGAGUUCACAAAAUUGAUGUAUUGAGAUUAUCAUGGCUUUUUCUUUUUCUUGUAAAGGAUACGUAAAUGAUAGACGAUUAUGGAUAGCCUUUACUAUAACAAUCACUCUGUAACCACUGCUCAUACGACAGAAACAACGACAGAAACAGUGGAUAUAGAAGAAUGGACAACGUCGUCGCCAUCACCCUUACAAUGGGAUCCACAAGAUACAUUUGCUUCUAUUCAUAUGGCAACAACAGCAACGACUACAAAUACUGUGUCGACAAAGGAUGCGCUAUUACAUCGGUUGCAUUAUAACGAAAGACAAUUACGAACGUUGGCUGUUGUACUCAGCUUGACCGGCGGAUUAGCCUUAUCUUUUGCAUUAGGUGUUGGCAUCAUGAUUUAUUGGUAUACUAGGAAAUGUAAAAAACAACAACGAAAGAGCCAUAAAAAAAAGACAAAGCAGAAACAGGAUGACGUAGAGACGGGAAGUAGUACUAGUUGUAGUGACAGUAGCAGUAGCAGUAGCAAAAUUAGCAACAGUGCUCCCCCUAGCAGUCAUCAGGAUCACCACAGUCAGCAUAGUCAUCCCACGGAUGCAGGUAACAAUGCAGCAGAAGACGAGCCAACGUCUUGUGAGGAAGCAUCUUGCCCAGCCUGCUGUUAUAGGAUGGACAUGAGUAGAUCAGGCGAAGAGAGCGGCGAAGCAUCAAAUACAGCGGCGAUGGGGGAGAGUCACCAUCUAAGCAGUAGGUUGGACAAUACGACGACUAUUACCACAACUGUUUCAGAAUCUCAUGUAAAUCCAUAUCAACACCUGCAGAGUCGAAUCAGCAGUACCACUUGUACGAGUGAUGAUAUCAUUUUGAACAAUUACAAUAAUACGAGCUCACUAUUAUCGGAACUCAUGCUCAUACCACUACUACCGACUACGCCUACCUCUUCUUCUCCACCCUUACCUGAACCUUCUGCACCCUCAGCAAAAGAAAUCAUUUUGAAUGAAAGUACGAUUCGUUCUCAAACAGUGACAGAGGAAGAUCCGCAACAAAGCUCGAUGGCUGAAGGACAUCAUUUCUGUCAAGAUUGUUAUAUGCCUCCUCCUGCUUAUACAGAAGCAACCAUCAGUACUACAACAGUCAUGACGACUCAAGGAGGACAAGAGAAUACACAUCAUGACGAAGAGGGACAAUAAGUACCUUUUCCCUUUUUUUUUUUUUUUUUUUUUUU